CCGCGAUGGAGGAAGAGCUGAAGUGUCCCGUGUGUGGUUCUCUGUUUCGAGAGCCCAUCAUCCUGCCCUGUUCCCACAAUGUCUGCCUCCCUUGUGCUCGCACCAUCGCAGUGCAGACCCCGGACGGCGAACAGCACCUGCCCCAGCCGCUCCUGCUUUCCCGGAGCUCAGGGCUGCCCGCGGGCGCAGCUGCCGCUCCCUCUCUGGAGCACGACACGGCGGCGGGCCUGGCCUGCAGCGGUGCGGGCGGGAGUGCAGCUGGCGGCCUCGGCGGCGGUGCGGGAGGUGGCGGAGACCACGUGGACAAGCUGAGCUUGUACAGCGAGACAGACAGCGGCUACGGAUCCUAUACCCCGAGCCUCAAGUCCCCCAAUGGGGUUCGUGUGCUGCCCAUGGUGCCUGCACCACCCGGCUCCUCGGCCGCUGCGGCCCGUGGUGCCGCCUGCUCCUCGCUGUCUUCGUCUUCGAGCUCCAUCACGUGCCCACAGUGCCACCGCAGCGCCUCCUUGGACCAUCGUGGCCUGCGUGGCUUCCAGCGCAACCGGCUGCUCGAGGCCAUAGUGCAGCGGUACCAGCAGGGCCGCGGGGGGGUGCCGGGGGCGUCCGCAGCCGUGGCGGUGGCCAUCUGCCAGCUAUGCGACCGCACCCCGCCAGAGCCAGCAGCCACGCUCUGCGAGCAGUGCGACGUCCUCUACUGCUCUGCCUGCCAGCUCAAGUGCCAUCCAUCCCGAGGACCCUUCGCCAAGCAUCGCCUGGUGCAGCCGCCGCCGCCGCCGCCUGCGCCCACCGAGGCAGCCUCUGCACCCACCAGCGCUACCCAGGGCGCCCCCAGCGGAGGCGGGGGCUGCAAGAGCCCGGGAGGCACCGGGGCCGGGGCGUCUGGGGGCAGCACGGCCCGCAAGUUCCCCACGUGCCCGGAGCAUGAAAUGGAGAACUACAGCAUGUACUGCGUGAGCUGCCGAACCCCUGUGUGCUAUCUGUGCCUGGAGGAGGGCCGGCACACCAAGCACGAGGUGAAGCCGCUGGGGGCCAUGUGGAAACAGCACAAGGCACAACUAUCUCAGGCCUUAAACGGAGUUUCAGAUAAGGCAAAGGAAGCAAAGGAGUUUCUGGUUCAGCUGAAGAACAUACUGCAGCAGGUCCAGGAAAACGGACUGGACUACGAAGCCUGCCUGGUUGCUCAGUGUGACGCCCUUGUGGAUGCUUUAACUCGUCAGAAAGCCAAGCUGCUCACCAAGGUGACUAAAGAGAGGGAGCACAAGCUGAAGAUGGUUUGGGACCAGAUCAAUCACUGCACAUUGAAGCUGCGCCAGUCCACCGGACUGAUGGAGUACUGCCUGGAGGUGAUCAAGGAGAACGACCCCUCUGGGUUCUUACAGAUCUCAGAUGCUCUGAUCAAGCGUGUCCAGGUGUCUCAGGAACAGUGGGUCAAAGGCGCCCUGGAGCCGAAAGUGUCUGCGGAGUUUGAUCUGACCUUGGACAGCGAGCCGCUACUGCAGGCCAUCCACCAGCUGGACUUCAUUCAGAUGAAAUGUAGGGUACCACCCGUCCCCCUACUGCAGCUGGAGAAAUGCUGCACCCGCAACAACAGCGUCACGCUGGCCUGGAGGAUGCCACCCUUCACCCACAGCCCUGUAGACGGCUACAUCCUGGAGCUGGACGACGGCGCGGGGGGUCAGUUCCGGGAAGUGUACGUUGGUAAGGAGACUUUGUGUACCAUCGAUGGUCUUCACUUCAACAGCACCUACAACGCCCGAGUGAAAGCUUUCAACUCCUCUGGUGUCGGGCCUUACAGUAAAACCGUCGUCCUGCAGACAUCCGACGUGGCCUGGUUCACAUUUGACCCCAACUCUGGGCACCGGGACAUCAUUUUAUCCAAUGACAACCAGACAGCCACCUGCAGCAGCUAUGAUGACCGGGUGGUACUCGGCACGGCUGCGUUCUCCAAGGGCGUACACUACUGGGAGCUGCACGUGGACCGGUACGACAACCACCCAGACCCCGCCUUCGGGGUGGCCAGGGCCAGCGUGGUCAAGGACAUGAUGCUGGGCAAGGACGACAAGGCCUGGGCCAUGUACGUGGACAACAACCGCAGCUGGUUCAUGCACUGCAACUCCCACACCAACAGGACGGAAGGCGGCGUAUGCAAAGGGGCCACCGUCGGCGUGCUGCUGGACCUGAAUAAGCACACCCUGACCUUCUUCAUCAACGGGCAGCAGCAGGGCCCCACAGCCUUCAGCCAGGUGGACGGGGUCUUCAUGCCAGCCCUCAGCCUCAACCGCAAUGUGCAGGUCACCCUGCACACAGGAUUGGAAGUGCCCACUAACCUGGGGCAGCCAAAGCUGUCAGGCAAUUAG